AUGUCCGCCAAUUAUUGGCAGUCGACGCAAUGUCGCUUCUGGAACUUUACCAAGGAACAGCUCGCGACAAUGCGACAGAAGCUUGAGGAAGACAAUGCAGAACUCGUGCGCAUGUUUCCACUUCCACAGCAGCGACACUUGAACAUAUACUUUAAUCAACAGCUGAUAAGGCUGGCAAAGCGGCUGACGAUUCGACAACAAUCCAUGGCCACGGCGCAGGUCUACAUGAAGCGAUUCUACUCGAAAGUCGAAAUCCGCCGAACGAAUCCGUACCUCGUGAUAGCGACCGCGAUAUACCUCGCGUGCAAAAUAGAGGAGUCGCCCCAGCAUAUCCGACUUAUCGUUACCGAGGCGCGACAGAUGUGGGGAGAUCUCGUCGCUAUCGAUACAUCCAAACUGGGAGAGUGCGAGUUCUUUAUGAUAAGUGAAAUGCGAUCGCAGCUCAUUGUAUACCAACCAUAUCGAACAAUCACGGCACUGAGAAGCGAACUCGGAUUGCAGGAGGAUGAGGUGCAGCUUGCCCGGUCAGUGAUUAACGAUCACUUCAUGACGGACCUUCCGCUGCUAUAUCCUCCACAUAUCAUCGCAAUGGUAGCCAUGCUGCUAGCUUUGGUUCUUAGACCGAACAAUUCUGGCCCUGGACAGAACGCCUCAGGAGCAGCGGCAGCUGCAGGACUGGCAGCAGCUCAGCAGGCGUUGAUGCGAGCGCAAGGCCAGCAAGCGUCAGGGGGAACUGCAGAUGCCGCAACUGCUGAGCCAAAGGAGAGACAACAGCAAGCUCGAGUGUCCAGGGUGCAGAAGUUCGCCAAGUGGCUGGUUGACAGUAAUGUGGACAUUGCAUCAAUGGUGGAUGCCACUCAGGAAAUAAUCUCGUUUUACGAGUGUUACGAGCAUUAUAAUGACAAGCUCACACGGGAACAGAUCAACAGAUUUGUCAAGGCACGAGGGUUGGAUAAGUGA